AUGGGUUCCCAGUACCGCGAAUACUGCUGCUGCUGCAUUCCUCAACGCUUCGUGGUGUUUGUGCUUAGCGGGAUCUACCUUCUCGCAAGCAUUGUCGUAGCCGGGUUCUCCUGGUUCGUGCUCUCACAAACCACCGACAACAUCGGCAGCAUCAGCCUCGAAGAUUUACACAACAGCAACUUCAACGACCUCACCCUCACCAGCACACAAAGAACAAUUCUAUAUGUCGUCGCGGGCGUGUACACCGCCAGCGUCAUCAUCUCGCUACUCGGAUUGAUUGGAGCAAUCGGCCGCAAGCGUCGCCUCGUGCAGAUCUUCUUCUACAUGCUUUUGCUGCAAUUGCUUGUCAGCAUGGCAGCCGGCGGUUACUACCUCUACGAGAUCUUCAAGGCCGACUCGUGUGACGAACUCAAACAGUUCAACACCGGCGAUGAGGACUUCCAAGUCAACUGCACCGGCUCAAUCAAGACGCUCCGCAUUGUCAGCUGCGUUUGCUUCGGUGUCAACUGGUUCUUCCAGAUCUGGAUGCUCCAUUCGGUCAACGAGUACGUUACUCAGCUCCGCAACGAGACCGCGUACGAGUCGGUUCCUGUCGGCGCGGCGGGUGUUCCCAUGCUCAAGCCCUACGGCUCCGACGCGUUCCACUACAACGAGGCGCCGUACGACCCCUACGGCAACAAGCAGCCCAACACCUCGCAGUACGCCUUCUCGACGCCGUACACCGCAAACGUGCACCACAACGCAUGA